AUGUAUAGCAACGUGAAAACGUUAAACACAAGCUCAGGGCCCUCCCAGAUGCAGAGACCCACCUACAGGACUCCCCUGAAGCGGCAGCGCCGCCAGGGGCCCUCCCAGAGGCAGUGGCGCCCCCAAAGCCCCUUCCAAUGGCGACGGCGCCCCCAGAGGCCCCUUCCAGAUGCGGCGAAGCUCCCAGGGGCCCUCACAGGAGCGGCGACGCCCAUAGGGAACCCUCGCAAGGGAGGCAGCACCCUUAGGGGGCCCUCACACGGGCGGCGACGCCUCUAUGGGCCCUCCCAAGAGCGGCGGCGACUUCAGGGGCCCUCCCAGGGACAUUGGUACCCCACGGGCCUUCCCAGGGGCGGUGGGGUCCCCAGGUGCCCUUCCAGUGCCGGCGGUGCCCCUAGAGGCCCUCCCAGGGACAUCAGCGCCCCCAGGAGCCAUCUUACGGGCGUUAGCACCCCCAGGAGCCCUCCCACGGGCGGUGGCGCCCCUAGGAACCCUCCCAUGAGUGGUGGCACCCCCCAGAGCUACUGCCAAGGACGUGCAAAAACAACUGCCCUCAAGGAACCUUUCAGGGACAAUGGCCCUCCCAGGGGCAGCAGCACCCAACUAGGCUCUCCCAUGGGCACGGAGUUUCCAGGGUCCCUCCCAGAUGCGGUGGCUCCCCUAGGGGCCCUCACAGGGGCGGCGGUGUCCAUAGCGUGCCCUCCUAAGGGUGGCGGCGUCCCCAGGGUCCUCCCUGGGGCAGCAGUGCCCCCGGGGACCCUCUAA